CCGAUGGCAAAAGAAGUUGAAGACGAAGACUACAUCGAUAUCGACGAUACCGGACCUGAGGGUCUGAAGGGUGCCGAUGGCGGGUACGCCUGGGAAGAGGAAUACAAGCGCUCCUGGGAUGUAAUCCAAGAAGACGAGUCAGGCAGUCUACAAAGUGCAGUCCAGGGGAUCCAAGAGCAGCUGAAGCGAAAGCGGCGUUUGCGCGACACCACAGCAAUCCAGCGCGGCAUCAUCCGGCACGUAAUCCUGGUAAUUGACGGGUCAGAAAACAUGGGCACUCGCGACAUGCGGCCGACACGGAUCGCCGCAACCCUGCAAAUUCUCGAGUCCUUUGUCAACGAGUACUUCGACCAGAAUCCAAUUUCACAGCUGGCAAUUAUCUCGACCAAGGAUGGGCUGGCAGAAAAGCUGACGGACCUGAGCGGCAACCCGCUUGACCAUGUUAACGCGCUGCGCGAUAAGAGCAACAAGGAUUUGGCAGGCGAGCCGUCGUUGCAGAAUGCCCUUGAGUUGGCCAUGCAUACGCUGCGGAGAGCACCUACCCAUGGGUCACGCGAGAUUGUGUGCAUUUUUGGGUCGCUCACUACAUGCGAUCCGGGUGAUAUCAAGCAGACGCAGGCGGCACUGAAGCAUGCCGAGGUGCGCGUGUCGAUGGUGCAGCUGGCAGCCGAAGUUCAGGUGUUUAAGCGCAUUUGCCAAGAAACCAACGGGCUGUUCGCAGUCGCCGACGACGAAAUCCAUUUGAAGGAUAUGCUGUUUGAGUGCAUUCCGCCGCCACCUGUUGUCAGCGCCAAGGCUACGUCUGAUAUGAUCCAGAUGGGCUUCCCGAUCCGUGCCAGCAAUGCGCAAGUGCCGACCCCCUGCGUCUGCCACCAUGAGCUGUCGUUCUCUGGCUACAUCUGCCCGCGGUGUCGCUCCAAAGUGUGUUCGUUGCCCACUGACUGCGAUGUGUGCGGGCUACCACUCGUGUCAGCGCCGCAUCUGGCACGCUCGUACCACCACCUGUUCCCAGAGGAAAAUUACAGGGAGAUUGACGUGGAGGUACAUAGUGGUGCGGAGCAUUCAGGGGCAGGGCUUGUAUGCUUUGGCUGCGAGGGAGAGGUGAAGGGCGCUGCUGCGCGGUAUCAGUGCCCCAGGUGCAGAAAGGAAUUUUGUCUGGAGUGCGAUGUUUUCAUUCAUGAGACGCUUCAUAAUUGCCCCGGGUGCGUAUAGGAGUGAGAAAACAGCUAUUAUCCAAUAUAUGCGUGGG